AUGGGAUGCCAGCAAAGUGCAGAUGCUGGACCACAUGCAUCUGUCGCGAUGGUUGUCCUGCUUCCCCACUCCAAGCGGCCAGAAUACAGGUCCUUGAAAUACGCCUACCCCUGGGCUUUUGAGAACCUGCUCCAAACUCUGGACAACACGCCGGACCUGACCAAAGCACAACUUCCUCAGCUGCGGCCGGAAACUGCAGACGCUGCAGACGGAAGAGACUCCAGACUCGGAGCUGGCACGGCCAAGACGGUGGCGACCUUAAAGCCCAAUGCCAAGGAGUGGGAUGCCUCUGACACCGACGUGACCACCCUGAGCCACGAGGCUUUGGUCGGGCAUUUGCGAACGCAGGUCCUUCGAGGCAUGAAGAGGUCACGGGUCCGGUCCCAACCCGAGUUGACAAAGGACAGAUCCAUGCCAAGACUGGAGCCAGACAAGGAGAUGAGAACUACGCGGGGCAGAAACUCCUACGGCAAUUUCUUCGUCAAAGAAUCGACCUGGGAGAAGGUGGGCUUCUUGGGGGAGCGCACGCUGAAACCCUACGAGCAGAAGCCGCGGACUCCACUGCCAGAGCACCUGCGAGAGGAGAUGCGAGCUGAGCGCGAGACUGUCCACCAGAUCUCCUUGAAGCUCUCCCAACCGCGGAACCGCGAUGGGAUGGCGGCUUCUCCAAGAGCAGCUGCCCCCAUACUAACUUUUAAUGAAGGGCAGCAUCCGGCCGGCACGGGCAAAUGCGGCAUUGACAUAAGCGACCAAUCACAACGAAAGCUUGCGCACGAGGUCUUGACACAGGUCCGAACUCAUCCAGACUCCUGGUUUGCCGUAGAUACCAUCCUCGCUACCUCACACAGUCCAGACACCAAAUUCUUUGCAUUGAAUGUGCUCGAAAACGUCAUCUCCACGCGCUGGAUGGUCUUGACUGAGCCGCAGAAAGCUGGAAUCAAAAACUAUGUGGUGCAGCUUGUGAUCAAGAUUUCAGCCGACGAGCAUUUCGCAACUUCGCAGAAGCACGUCCUCACGAAGCUGAAUGAGACUCUGGUGAACAUCGUCAAGCAGGAGUGGCCGCAUGCUUGGGAGAACUUUAUUCCAGAUAUCUGCGGUUCUUGCAAGACGAACCAGCUCCUUUGUGAGAACAACCUCCGCAUCUUGAACAUGAUGAGCGAAGAGAUUUUCACUUUUGGGAAGUCGCAGAUGGUGUCCAAGAAGGUGGCGAAGCUGAAGGAAUCGCUGAACUCACAGUUUGCGGCCAUUUACGAGCUUUGCAGCUACAUUCUGAAGAGCCAUGUUCAGAGCCCUGGCUCCGUGAAGCCCUCCCUGAUCACGACAACCCUCAGCACCCUUGCAAAUUUCCUCGAGUGGAUCGCGUUGGCUUUCAUUUUCGAGACCGACCUCAUCCAGAUACUGUUGCUGCACUUCUGGGAUCCAUUGGAGUAUCGCCUGGACUGCGCCCGAUGCCUCAACGAGAUUGCUUGCCUGCACGAGGGGGUUCAGCAAUACCAGCCGCAGAUUAUCCAGUGCUUCCAGGGCGUUGUGGAGAAGAUCCAGCAGCUGCCGGAGAACAUCAACGAGGCUUGUGCGAACCUCCCGGGCCCCCAGCGCGUUUUCUGGGAGGUGUUUCACAACCAGGUAGCCUUGCUCUUGACUGGAUUCCUCAAGCACCACAUGGCUGCGAUGGAGGCCCAGAGCCGGUACAUGAUCCCGGCCCUGAACUACCUCGUCAGGAUUUCGAUGGGCCCCAACGAGGAGACCUUCAAAAUCUGUGUUGAGUUCUGGCAAACCUUCAGCGCGCGGGUCUACUUGGAGAACCAAGCACCCCAGUUGGGCCAGACGCCGUUGCUUAUGGACGGACAUCGAGAUAGCCAGCGUGAGAAGCUGAAGCUCUACGCACCGGUCCUGGCCGAGGUCCGUCAGGUGCUGAUCUCGAAGAUGGCGAAGCCUCCAGAGGUCACCAUUAAGGAGAACGAGGAAGGCCACAUUGUGCGUGUAGAGGAGGAGGAUACCGACGAGCUAGCUCUGUACAAGAUGAUGCGCGAAGCUCUGAUCUACUUGACCCAUCUGGACUCCAGCCACAUGGAGCGCAUCGUGCUACAACGAGUGGCGCAGGAGUGUUUGGAGAGGCAAGACAUGGAGAAGUGGAUCCCCACGAACCUGAACCGCUUAUGCUAUGCCAUCGGCUCCAUCAGCGGUGCCAUGCAGGAAGUGGAUGAGAAAAGAUUCGUGGUCUCAGUAAUCAAGGACCUGCUGAGCCUUUGUGACAUGAAGAAGGGGAAGGAAAACAAAGCUGCAGUGGCGAGCAACGUCAUGUACGUGGUGGGCCAGUACCCACGGUUCCUGCGGGCGCAUUGGAAGUUUCUGAAAACUGUGGUCUUCAAGCUCUUCGAGUUCAUGCACGAGACCUUUCCCGGGGUCCAGCAGAUGGCAGUCGACACUUUCCUGCGGAUCUGCCAGAAGUGCAAGAAGAAGUUCAUCACCCAGCAGAACAACGAGCCCGCGCCCUUCAUCGAGACCAUGCCAAGUCACAUCGCUCAGGAUAUAUCAGAAUUGGAGCCUUUGCAAAUCUGCACUUUCUUCGAGGCUGUGGGGCACAUGAUCAGCGCUGCCUCGUCGGACCAGAAGGUUCGCUUGAUUGCACUCCUCAUGGGCCUCUUCAAUGAUAAAUGGGCUGGCAUCCUGAGAGGACUUUCUGCCACUGGGUCCUUGGAAGCCUUCGUGCAGAACCAACAGGUCUUGCGGCAGAUCUCUUUGAUCCUCCGGGUGAACGAGCGCAUGGUCGUCGCCAUCGGCACGGCGUGUCACGCGCAGCUGGCAGGCAUCUACGGCGACAUGCUCAAGAUCUACAAGGUCUGCAGCGAUUUCAUCUCCCACAGCACCGCACAACAAGGAGCGCAAGUCAUGAACCUGGCAAAUGUGAAACUGCUGCGGAAUGUGAAGCGUGACACGCUGCGGCUGGUCCGCUCCUUCGUGGAUGCAGCUACCCCGCAGGGUGCUGCAGAGGUGCGGUUGACACCUGCGCAGAUUGCACAACGCUUUGUCCCGCCGCUGCUGGAGCCGGUUCUGGCAGACUACCGCAGUAACAUGCCACAGGCACGCGACGCGGAAGUCUUGGAUCUGCUCACCGUCCUGGCGACAAGGAUACACGACUCCAUCUCACAGGAGGUCGGCCGGAUCUUCGAGAUGGUGCUGGAGUGCACGUGUGACAUGAUCAAAGGCGACUUCCAAAGCUAUCCGGAUCACAGGGUGAAGUUCUACGACUUGCUGAAGGCAAUCAAUGCGAAUUGCUUCCAGGCCCUGUUCUACUUGCCGGAGGCCCAGCUCAUCCUCUUCGUGGACUCCCUGAUUUGGGCGAUGAAGCACGAGCAGCCACAGGUGGCCGACAGCGGCCUCCAGGUCCUCUCCCAGUUCUUGGAGCGACUCUUGAGUGGUCCAAGCAGCAUCUAUGUCCCCUUCUUCAAGCAAUACUAUUUCCUGAUCCUGCAAGCCGUAAUCGGUGUUCUCACCGACACUUCCCACAAGAGUGGCUUCAAGCUGCAGCAGCACAUCUUACUGCAACUCAUCGUUGCGGCUGAGAAUCAGAUGCUCAGUGACGCAGCACCAAAGCAACGUGUGAUGGAGUUCCUGUUCGAGCUGAUCGGCAAGUCUUUCCCGACGCUGAAUAAGAGCCAGGCGGAGAUCUUCGUGCUGCAUUGCUUCAACAAGUCGCGGCAGCCCGUUGAGUUCCAGCAGCACAUACGUGACUUCCUGAUCCAGCUGAAGGUGCAUACCAUUGCGCAUCACAUAGCUGAUCCCUGA